CACAGCAUUGGAAGAGCAAUUUGAGGCUUGAACUGGGACCAUGACCUCACUGCUUCGAAAGAACUCUCUUGUUAACCGGCUAGUGCAGAAAGUGCCUAUUCCAAGCCUUCCAAACAUCAAGAAGCUGGACAUUGGUGUCUCGUCGCCAAGGAGCUCAGCAUCGAAAGAGAGAUCUGGGGACACCAGCAUGAGCUCGACCGCCACGGCUGUUGAUAGGGAUACGGGCGAGGAGACGACGACAAGGAAGGACAGCGGUGGCGAGGAGUCUGACCUGGAGGGCGUUGAAACUGAGGAGACGAAUGAGACAGUGACGAGCUCGCUUCCCGAGCUGUCGACUUAUCCGGACAUCACGAAGAACCCUCUGGACAAGGUUGCCGCCACCGCGGCUCUACUAGGCAUCGUGUUUGGCUUUGGCUGUGCCUCGAUGUUCUUUGUUCAGCUCAAGACGGGCUCUGUAUACCUGAUGGCGUUGGCGCUCUUCCAUUUCCUCGAGUUCUGGGUAACCGCCAGGUACAACCCCACAAGGGUCCACUCUGAGUCGUUCAUCAUCAACAACGGGUCCGCGUACACGCUUGCCCACACCAUUGCGCUGAUCGAGUUCUCCAUAGAGUACGCGAUGUUCCCGAACUUCAAAAGGGGGAACUGUUUGACCAAGGUUGUUGGCUUUGCGCUGAUGAUUAUGGGCCAGUCUGUGCGGACGUUGGCGAUGAAAACAGCAGGCCGUUCCUUCAACCACCUGGUGCAGACCAAGCGACAGUCGGACCACAAGCUGAUAACGAACGGGAUCUACGAGUAUAUAAGACACCCUUCCUACUUCGGCUUCUUCUGGUGGGCUGUGGGCACCCAGCUCAUGCUGGUGAACCCACUGGGGGCCGUGGGCUUCGCCAUCACCUUGUACACCUUCUUCUCCGACCGUAUCGAGCAGGAGGAGAAGUUCCUGGUGAGCUUCUUUGGCAAGUCGUACGUUGAGUACAAGAGCAAGACACCUGUGUACAUUCCAUUCAUCAAUUGAUACACUACAUAUCCCCCUAUACAGCAUCUUCAAACCGGGUGUUUGUCCUCCACCACCCAGCUCCAAUAAACUGGCUCU